UUCUAUCUGUCCUUGGCUAGUUACACAUGUCGAGACCAAUCGAGUGGCGAUUUGGAGAGCAAUAUAUUAUUGUCUUUGCACUCUCUAAAUGGCAAUGUGCAUUGUUUUGCUAAUCGUAUCGCACGACUCGCCAUGGAUACAGAGGAUACAGAAACUGUAGUUGAAAAUGGAACAGAGAUUGAAAGAGAAGAGAGAGAAACUGUAGUUGAAAAUGGAACAGAGAUUGAAAAAGAACAAAAUGAUGUUAAUAAAGAAAAAGAAAAGAGGAAGAUUGAGCCUCAUCCUUGUUACCAAUCAUUUAGGUUGGCGCUCAACCUUAUUAUAAACAUCUUGAUAUGCCUCACAGUGUUUGUGUGUUUGUUGUACGCGUGCAGCGGAGAAUUUGCCAUGUUUGAACUGCACAUCAUACUGAGUGUUCUUGGGUACCAAUUCGUGAUGUGCCAAGCGACACUGGUGGUAUCACGGUACAAUAGCUGGUCGAUGCUGAUAAAGCGCCGGUAUAGGAAACACAUACACUGGGUGAUGCAGGUGAUUGCAGCUGCGAUGGUCCUCGCUGGCACGGUCCUCAUAGCGCUCCAGAAGAGCACACACUUCGACACCACGCAUGGACAACUUGCUUUGGCAGCGCUGCUCUGUUGCCUGUUAAGUUUGCUGAAUGGGAUCCUGACUAUAUUUGCUGCGAGAAUAUCUGAAAAGAUAAAUUUGUUGUGGGUCAGACUGUUCCAUUACUUCACUGGCGUCUUCACCUUGUUCCUGGCUGCUGGAAGUCUCUGUGAAGCCUUCAAGUAUGAUUUCUUUAGAACAUGGACGGGCAACGAAGUCUUUGUUCCAAUCCUCAUCUACAUAACCUGGAUAUUCACAGCAUUGGUGUCAUUGGACUUUUGGAUCUGGUGCGGAAUAAGGAUCCGUAAACGGUUCUAAACGGUUGUUUAUUUCCAUUUUUAUUGGACUUUUGUAUGUGACUUCUGUAUUUUUUUAAAUUGUGAUAUUUUCUUUGUUUGUGCAAAUAGUAUUGAAUUGAAUUAAAUCUCAAUUGUAUUUAAUUAUUUAUAUGCUCACUAUAUAAAUUUAUUAUGCUGACAUCCCUUUUGCACGAACAGAGCCCAAAACACAAUCCUACUAUAUUAAAUUAGAAA